AAAAUGCUGCUACUAAAGAAGAAUAUGAGGACCUGAAAAAUAAACUCUCAGAGGGAAAAGUUGAGACUGAAAAACUUGAAAACAAACUUGCAAAUCUGGAGAAACAGAUUUCUGAAGAAAAGAAAGGACAACUAGAGGCUGAGAAAGAACAUGCAGAUUUAAAAAAGAAAUUUACUAUUCUUGAGACAAUAAUGGAAGAGCAAAAAGAGGAGAUGGCAAAAAUUAAGACAAAACCUUCCUCAGGUCAAAGUCAGGCAGAAUUUGAGCAAACCAAGCUAGGUGAGUAAAUAUUUGUUUUGAUGAUGUACAUAAAAGUGUAUGAUAUUGCCAUUAAUAUAAAAAACAGCUGAAUAUCAUUGUUACUUUAUUAUUUUAGAAAUUUAUAUAAUGAUUUGGUACUCUGGAUCAUACAAUAUCAUUAAAUUUAUAAUAUUAUUAAAUUGAUGCAAUUAACAUUUAAUUAUAUCCAACCACAUUAUGUGGUUGGUGCUAUACUGGAGUUACUUUGUGGCAUAAUUAUGUCAGUCAUUAUACCCCGGCAAAACAAAGUUGUAAGGGGGGUAUACUGGAAUCAGCUUGUCCGUCCGGCUGUCCAGCCGUCCGUCCGUCGUUUUUUUCUUGUCUGCCCAAUAACUUAAGAUUCCUUUGACCCACAGUCUUCAUAUUUGGCAUGCAGGUUAGUCAUGAUUAGUAGAUGACCCCUAUAGAUUUUGAGAUCACCAGGUCAAAGGUCAAGGUCACAGGGGCCUUGACAUCAAAAAACUUGUCCGCCCAAUAACUUAAGAUUCCUUUGACCCACAGUCUUCAUAUUUGGCAUGGAGGUUAGUCAUGAUUAGUAGAUGACCCCUGUUGAUUUUGAGGUCACCAGGUCAUAGGUCAAGGUCACAUGGGACCUUGACAUAAAAAAGCUUGUCCGCCAAAAAACGUAAGAUUCCUUUGACCCACAGUCUUCAUAUUUGGCAUGGAGGUUAGUCAUGAUUAGUAGAUGACCCCUAUUGAUUUUGAGGUCACCAGGUCAUAGGUCAAGGUCACAGGGGCCUUGACAUCAAAAAGCUUGUCCGUCCAAUAACUUAAGAUUCCUUUGACCCACAGUCUUCAUAUUUGGCAUGAAGGUUAGUCAUGAUUAGUAGAUGACCCCUGUUGAUUUUGAGGUCACCAGGUCAUAGGUCAAGGUCACAGGGGCCUUGACAUCAAAAAGCUUGUCCGCCCAAUAACUUAAGAUUCCUUUGACCAACAGUCUUCAUAUUUGGCAUGGAGGUUAGUCAUGAAUAGUAGAUGACCCCUGUUGAUUUUGAGGUCAUAGGUCAAGGUCACAUGGGGCCUUGACAUCAAAAAGCUUGUCCCCCCAAUAACUUAAGAUUCCUUUGACCCACAGUCUUCAUAUUUGGCAUGGAGGUUAGUCAUGAUUAGUAGAUGACCCCUAUUUAUUUUGGGGUCACCAGGUCAAAGGUCAAGGUCACAGGGGCCUUGACUUCAAAAAGCUUGU